CAUGACUGAACACUAGUGACAAACGCAAUAAGGAUAAUGAGUCUUUAAGCAAAUGGGAAUUCUUUGUAAAAAAAACAUUGUGCACAUAUUGGGAUUGUCAAGCAAGCAAGACUAGCGAGCAUCUGAAAACACAAGUGAGGAGAAAAUUUAAAAACAUGUUAAGGGCCACUGUAGAAGGUGACCAUUUGAAUAGAUGAGAGCGACAUAUAGGUUAAAAGAGAGGCAGAGGAUCAUCAUGACCGGCGUGACUGUGUGUUUUGGGACGGUGAACUCCAUCAAAGCUUUAUGGGAAAUUAGGAUAAAGAAGAACAAGGAGGAGCUGAACAAAGAGAAAGAGCAGAGGGAGAAAACGGCUGUGGGAAAGUUGAAAGGGGCUUGGGAGGAUCGGAUCACCUUGGCCAAGUUAAAGGAAAAAAUUGUGACAGAGGAUGGAAGGGUCAUCCUACGCAUUGAAAACGAAGAGUGGAAGACUCUUCCUGCAGCACUGGUCCAGCUGUCUCAGAUUCAGGAAUGGCAGAUUCACCGAACAGGGCUUCAGAAGAUCCCACGCUUCAUCUCCAGCUUUCAGAGCCUUAUCGUUCUCGACCUGUCCCGCAACACAAUCACAGAAAUUCCUAAAGAAAUUGGGAAGUUAACCCGAUUACGAGAGCUGCUUGUGAGUUACAACAGACUGAACUGUAUACCUGAGGAGUUAUGCAGCUGUGAGUGUUUGGAGCGACUGGAACUGGCAAUGAACCGAGAUCUGGAUGAGCUUCCACAACAGCUCAGCAAUCUGAAGAAACUACAUCACCUGGACCUCUCAAUGAAUCAGUUCAGCACAAUCCCAGAGUGUGUAGUGAACCUUCCUGCUCUCGAGUGGUUGGACAUGGGUGGGAACAAGAUGGAGAGCCUGCCAGAUGACAUCCACAGGAUGGAGAAGCUGCACACAUUGUGGCUCCAGAGAAAUUACCUGGAGUAUCUGCCAGACAACAUCAGCCGCAUGCACAACCUGGACACACUGGUGCUCAGCAAGAACAAGCUGAGAGACAUUCCUUCACUGAUGGAGGGUAUGACGAACCUCAGGUUUGUAAACUUCAGAGACAACCCUCUGACGUAUGAUGUGACUCUCCCUGACCUGAAAGAGGACGUGGCAGAGGAGGAGAAUGACAGAGAGAUGUUCGGCAAAGAAUUCAUGCACCAUUACAUCCAUGAAGCCCGCAAAAGAGGAUCCCAGACUUAUACAUCAGUGAUAAAUGUGACACUGGAGGGUUUGAUAGAGGAAGUGGCGUGA